AUGGAGCGGGGUCCCAGGGGCGGCAACCCCUGGCAGGGUCCAAGGGGCAGAGCCCCUGGCUGGGAUCGAGCUGCCAGGGGCGAAGCCCCUAAACGAACGGGGGUCCCAGGGGCGGCAGCCCCUGGCGGGGUCCAAAGGGCAGAGCCCCUGGCUGGGAUCGAGCUGCCAGACUCAACUCCCUAUGUGCUUUACUCCAGAUUUUAUAUGUGCUUUACUCCAGAUUUUAUAAAGCUACUUCAGUUCCCGUGGUCUUUUUCAAAUUUAGUUGAAGUAGAUGACGAAUUGUUUGAAAGCCGCAUAAUUUUUCCAUGCAAGGAGUUGCUUAAUUUGAAGAAUCUUGAAAAGCUUUCUAUUACCAGGAAGUAUGGUGAAUCUAAAAUAAAGGAGGUAUUUGAAGUAGCAGAAGGGACAAAUGAAGAUGUGGAUAUUGAAACACAAUCUGUUGUGGUAUUUGAGAAGCUGAAAGAGGUGACUCUAGAUGGACUACAUGAUCUAAAACAUAUGUGGAAGAGCAAUCGGUGGAUAGUGUUGAACUUUCCAAACCUUACAAAGGUGUCGAUUACAAGAUGUGGACUGCUUGGACACGUUUUCAGUAGUUGCAUGGUAGGCAGUCUAUUGCAGCUCCAAGAGCUAAAAAUAAGUGACUGCGAGAGUAUGGAUGUGAUUGUGAAGCAAGUUGAAGAUUCCGAAACCAGACCGACUACUGAGCUUGUGUUCCCUUGUCUCAAAUCCAUAACACUUCAUGAACUUCCAAAUAUCAAGGGAUUUUGCCUGGGGAAGGAGGCUUUUGAAUGGCCCUCAUACAACUUUUGGAUUGUGUCAUGCAAUGGAAGACCCAAACUCUUUUAUAAAGACCAAACAACAAGAGGGAUGGGAGUUCUAGAGCAACAUCAAAUUCACACGUGCGGUUUGGUUCGUUUUGAAGUUAGCUAUAUAGCACAGUUGCUUGCUUACUACUCUUUCAAUUCGGGUUAUUGAACUUCUAUUUUCAAGUAAUCUUAUCUAUGAUGUGUCCACUUCUUGUAUUUAAUUAAGCUGUGACCAACUUAGCAAUAAUUACACUAGUUUUUAUUAAUUGGUUUGUACAUGUUCCACUAUUUUAAAUGGUAAAU